AUGAAAAAUGGUACACAAUUUCGUUGGAGUGGAACACAAGCUGAAGGUGUACGAUGGUCAAUGAAUAGUUUAUUUAUUGGUGAAUGUCCAGAAUAUUGUCAUGAUCGGGGUUUAUGUACAGUAUCUGGUUGUCAAUGUUCUAGAGGUUAUUCAGGAACAUACUGUGAAGAAUAUGUUGGUAAAGAGCCUUUACAAACAUGGUUUAAUGAAACAUUUGAUGAUUUAUCUGUGGUUGGUACUAGUGGACCGAAUUCUAAUAAUUGGAUUCGUUUAAAUGGUAAAGGACAUAUUCGUCAUGUUUGUGAUGUAAAUAUAAAUAAUAAUACAAAUAAUUAUUUCAAUGGACAAGCACUUCAUUUUGUUGCUGAUUGUGGAUGUGGUAAUGUAGAAGCAAUAACUCGUGAACUUAAUAUUAGUCAAGCAACAACAAUAUCUUUUGCAUUUCAUGUAACAACUGAAGAUAAUUGUAUAACAACUACAAAUAAUAUAACAGUUGCUCUUGAAUGGACAUAUGAUGAAGGAAUAUCAUGGUGGCGUUUAGUUACAAUGUAUAAUCAAGAACAUGCACAAUUUUUUAAUAUAACAUUACCUUCGAAAUUGAUAAAUAUUGGUGAAAAACGAAAUAUCGGUGGUGUACGAUUUCGAUGGACACAAAUUGAACGUGCAGCACAUAAUAUCUAUUGGGCUAUUGACAAUAUUCGUUUAGAAUAA